AUGUGCCCAUGUGCACGCUCUAAGCCACUCGAUGCGCUUUGUACGAACCCCGCCCAACGGACCCCGUCAACCGAUACGCCCCUGCCCCAGCCACCCGUCGCUGCUGCCCGCGCGCCGUGGCCACCGGAGAUGCGCCUCUGGCGCGCGGCUUGCGUGCCCGAGAGACCCUGCUGUUACGCCACGCCGCUACGUACGACGCAUUACGGAAUACUGGGCGCUGCGCUGCGCUGCUGGGAAAGAAAAAGACAGAGAAAGAGAAACGAACGCGCCAGAAGAGCCGACGGCGACAGCGCCGGCGGGAAUUUGCCACCGCGUAAAACCGCGUGCACCGCAAGAAGUGCACAGCGAGCACGGCAGGCGCAAAGACGAGCCGUUCGGUGUCCCGCGAUCGUGGCUUGCGUUUUGGGCUUUGUUGGGGAAAACGCCAGCCUUUCCUGCGCUGCCACGUGCUGCAGCUUCGGUGCUACAACGGCUCCGGGCGCGGAAGCCUUUCCGGACGACUGCCCGUUUGGCGUUUGGCUCCCGCAGCGGCGCACGCGGUACAGGCUGGCGCGAGGAGAGAAAGAAGAGGUGAUAGAAGCCGUAGGCGAGGAGAGGCGCUUGUGGGCGCAGCGGAGCGUUGCUAUGGGCGAGACGCACAGGCGGGAAGCGCCGGCGAGGCGAGUGAGGCGAGAGCGGCGAAUGGAGCGCGCCGCGCGGCAGAGCGGCAGGGGUGCCCGUGGGAGGUGA